CUCGACACAAGCUCCGAAGCCUCGGCACAGUCCGACCCAUAACUACUGCUGAACAUUAUCUGUAUUUAACAGCAGAGAGCGCUCAUGGUGUUACUGCUGGUGCUUGGAGCCAGAGGUACUGCGAGAGUCCAAUGUCAAAGAGGCAGAUUAUCUUCAUGACAACGUACUGUACACAACAUUUUAAAGUUAAUAGUAUAUUGAUUAACUAAUUAACACCUACUGUGGGUUUAUUUCUUGAAUCAUACUUAAAUCAGGUUUAAAUACAGUAGUUAAUGUGGUUCCAGUCAUUGUGUAGACUUAAAAUUACUCUGAUGAGCUUGGAAUUUAUUAGAUUGAUCAUUAAUAUCAGACACUGAUUUAAAUUUGAAUACUUCAGUUGUUUUAUGUUGGUUGUAUUUGACGUUUAAUCCACUCUGCUUUCAUUCCAAGAUGACUUCAGCAGCCAUCCACCAUAAAGGAGGAAGAUACAAACUCUUCGGAGAAACCAUUCAAGCCUCCAGGUGGUAGCAAGAAGAAACCAUGGCGACAUCCACAAAUCUACUUGAAACAUUGGAGAAUUUUUCAGAUGAAGAGUUCAAGAAGUUCAAAUGGUUCCUGCAGCAGGCUGAUGUCUUGGAAGGCUUUCCAGCGAUCCCCAAGAGCCAGUUGGGGAAAGCAGACAGGAUGGACACCGUGGAUGAGAUCAUAGAGACCUAUGACAAAAAUGCAGUGGAGGUGACCAUUAAGGUUUUGAAGUUGAUCAAAAGGAAUGACUUGGCGCAGCAUUUAUUAAACAUCAACUCAACAUCCAAACAGGCUCUCACUGAUUCCCAGCGUAAACUGAAAUCCAACCUGCAGAAAAAGUUUAAGCAUUUGUUUGAGCAAAACACAAAAUCUGGAAAGCAGAUGUUGAUGAAUGAGAUCUACACUGAGCUCCUCAUCACAGAGGAAAGGUCUGAAAAGACAUUUGGACAAAAUGCAAAAGCAUCCAGCAACACAGUUAAUUCUGAACAGCUUAUCAACUUCUUUCAAACCUCAGUGGGUCAAGAUGGAUCAGUUAGAACAUUAUUGACAAAAGGAGUAGCAGGGAUAGGGAAGACUGUCUUGACGCGGAAGUUUACCCUGGAUUGGGCUGAAGAGAAAAUCGACAUCGAUGCAGACUUCAUAUUUCCGUUCACUUUCCGAGAAUUGAAUUUGCUCAAGGAGAAAAAAUACAGCUGGGUGCAACUUCUACAUCACUUCUUUGCUGAUACCAAGGGAAUAAGCUGUUUUGAUAAACUCCAGAUUGUGUUCGUCCUUGAUGGUCUGAAUGAGUGUCAACUUCCUUUGGACUUUCACAACAACGAGAUCCUGACUGAUAUUACAGCCUCAGCUUCAGUGGACGUGCUGCUGACAAACCUCAUCAUGGGAAAACUGUUCCCUUCUUCCUCCAUCUGGAUAACCACAACACCUGAGGCAGCCGGUCAAAUCCCUCCAGAGUACAUUCGUAUGGUGACAAAGGUGGAAGGAUUCACUGAUCCAAAGAAGGACGAGUACUUCAGGAAGAGAUUCAGGAAUAAGGCGCUGGCCAGCAGAAUCAUCACCCACAUCAAGACAUCACGAAGCCUCCAUGUCAUGUGCCAAAUUCCAUUCCUCUGUUGGAUCACUGCAGCAAUUCUGGAGGAUGUGUUGAAAACCAAUGACAGAGGAGAGCCACCCAAUACCUUUACUGAGCUUUAUAUCUAUUUUCUAUUAGAUCAGUUCAAACUGAUGAAUGAAGAAACAAAUUCACUCUGGAACACCGAGACCAGCAAGAUAAUUAUUUCUCUGGGAAAACUGGCUUUUGAGCAGCUGCAGAAAGGCAACCUCAUCUUCUAUGAAGCAGAUCUAAUAGAGUGUGGCGUUGAUAUCAGAGCUGCCUCUGUGUCCUCAGGCGUGUUCACGCAGAUCCUUAAGGAAGACCAUGGGCUGAACCAGGACAAACGUUUCUGUUUUGUCCAUUCAAGCCUCCAGGAGUUUCUGGCUGCUGUUCAUGUCAUUGUGUCAUUCAUCAACUCUGGUGUCGACCUACUGUCAGAAGAAGAAUCAGCUUCCCAACAGUCAGAGCAAUCUGAAGUCAAACACCUCUUCCAGAAUGCAGUGGAUAAGGCUUUACAGAGUCGGAAUGGACACCUGGACUCAUUCCUCCGCUUCCUCGUUGGCCUCUCACUGCAGACCAAUCAAGCACUUCUUCAAGUCUUAUUGACGCAAACAGGAGGUAGCUUACAGAGCAGUCAAGACACAGCCCAGUACAUCAAGAAGAAGAUCAGGGAAAAUCCGAAUAUAGAGAAAAACAUCAACCUGUUUCACUGUCUGAAUGAGCUGAAUGAUCAUUCUGUAGCGGAGGAGAUCCAACAGUACCUGAGUUCAGGAAGUCUGUCCACUAACAAUCUGUCUCAUGCUCAGUGGUCAGCUCUGGUCUUCAUGUUAUUGUCCUCACAGAGCGGGUUGGAUGUGUUUGACCUAAAGAAAUACUCUGCUUCAGAGGAAGGUCUUCUGAGGAUGAUGCCAGUGCUUCAAGCCUCCAGUCUAUGCCUGUUGAGAGGCUGUAAGCUGUCUGAGAUAAGCUACAAAGCUUUGGCCUCAGGUCUUUGCUCCCUGACCUGUAAUGUGAGAGAGCUGGACCUGAGUUCCAACAAUGAGCUGGGGCGUGGAUUUACAGUUGGCUUGAAGUAUCCACAAUCUAAACUGGAGACUCGCAGGUUAAAAAGCCGUAAACUGACCAGUAAUAUGAGAGAGCUGGACACCGAUAAGCUGGGGAAUGGACUCCAUGAGCUCACAGUUGGCUUGAAGGAUCCACAAUGUAAACUGGAGACUCUCAGGCUGUGUGGAUGUGAUCUGGCAUCCAUGUGUGGUACAGAUCUGUCUUCAGUUCUCAGUUACCCAUCGUCGAGUCUCAGAGAGCUGGACCUGACUUUCAACCACUUGGGUGAUGAAGGAGUGGAGCAUCUCUCUGUGGGAUUGCAGAGUCCACACUGUAGACUUAAAACUCUCAGGUUGGUUGACUGUCGGCUGACGUGGAGAAGCUGUGAUGCUGUGGCCUUUUUCCUUAGCUCCCAGUCCUCUAGUCUGAGACAGCUGGACCUGAGUAUGAACCAUUUGGGGGAUUCAGGAGUGCUGGUAUUCAUUUCUGGACUGAAGAAUCCACACUGUAAACUGGAAACACUCAGGCUAAGUGCCUGUUACCUGUCAGGAAAAAGCUGUGAAACUCUGGCCCCAGUUCUCAGCUCCCAGACCUCCAGCUUGAGAGUGCUGGACAUGAGUAAAAACAACCUUAAGGAUUCUGGAGUGAACUUUCUUUCGACUGGACUGGAGAGUCCACACUGUAACCUGGAAGCUCUCAGGCUGGGAGAGUGUGGGCUGUCAGAGAGAAGCUGUGAAGCUCUGGCCCCAGCUCUCAGCUCCCAGACUGCUCGUUUGAAAGAGCUGGACCUGAAUAGCAACGACCUGCUGGAUUCAGGAGUGAAGUUUGUUUCUGACGGACUUAAGAGUCCUCAAUGUAGACUGGAAACCCUCAGGCUGUCAGGCUGUCAGGUCACAGAGGAAGGCUGUGCUUCCCUGGCCUCAGCUCUGAGCUCCAAUCCCUCCCAUCUGAAAGAGCUGGACCUGAGCUACAACCAUCCAGGAGACUCAGGAGUGGCAUUCCUCUCUGCUGGGCUUGAGAAUCCACAAUGGAGACUGGAAACUCUAAAAGUGGACCAUGGCGGAGUGCAGAGGUUAAAAACCGGUCUGCAGAAGUAUGCCUGUGAACUCACACUGGACCCGAACACAGCACACAGACAGCUCAGACUGUCUAAGAAUAACACACAGGUGGCAUUUGUGAAUGAGGGACAACCUUAUGAGUAUCAUCAAGACAGAUUUCAGCACCCCAGACAGCUGCUGUGCAGAAAUGGUUUGACUGGUCGCUGUUACUGGGAGGUUGAGCAUAAGGGACGCUGUUGCAUAGCAGUGGCUUACCGAGGAAUCAGCAGGAGAGGAAGUGCUGAAUACUGCCUGUUUGGAAGGAAUGACAAGUCCUGGACGCUGACCUGUGAUGGAAAUCUUGAAUUUUGGCACAAUACCACAUCAAAUAAGUCUUUCUCCUUAACUUCAAUAAGAACAGCCAUUGAUAGAAAUCUUGACGUCUUCCAUGCAACAAGAACCAGACUAGCAAUGUAUCUGGACUGGCCUGCUGGCACUCUUUCCUUCUACGCAGUCUGCUCAAACACACUAUUUCACGUCUACACCUUCUUCCACAGAUUUACAGAACCACUCUUUCCUGGGUUUGGCUUUGAAUUUCCCUCUCAACAGCCCCAUCAAAUCAUGAUAACUCCAUCACUCUGUGUUUGAUAGAUGAGGGAACAUCAUAGCAACAUGACUCUUCACUGAGUUCAUCUCCUAAAAUGAGGAAAAUAAGAUUUAAAAUUCCCGAUCCAAAGUGUCCUUUAAUGGAGCGUUGACAGUUUUUGGGGCAAAAAAUUCCUCAGCCAUUUCAGAUCGAGUGUUCCUAUUGGCUAGUCUACUAAUCCUGAAAUGUGUGCAUGUUCCUCUGGUAUAAAUCCUCUAAACUUUUAUCUGUGCAGUAAAGUACACAGAGGAAACAAAUUGUGUAAAAGGUAGUUCAGUUUGUUCUUCAGGGAGCGGAAAUUUGCUGUUGAACAGUCAGAAGAGCUGAUUAUUUGUUAGCGAAUUUGUUAGCUAAUGUAUGAUGAAGGUAUGUGGCUGUUAGGGAGACUUUUUUUUUUUUUUUUUAAACAGUUUGUUACCCGUUUGUUGCCCAGCCAAAAAGAAAAGUCACCGCCUAAAUUAACACCUAAACAUGUGUUUACAUUUUUAUAUAAUUUGAGUAUAACAAUAAGACAAAGACAAAAGAAAAGUAAGGUACAGUGCAGAACAUUCACAGCAAGACAUCAUCUCAAUUUUUUUUGUUUAAACAGGACUAUACAUUGAGUGCUUUAACAAGGCCCAGAAUAAAGGCCUCAGCCCAGAUUUUGAAGCCCAUAUCUCUCUUACCAGGUGUGAAAUCGCUGUAACCCAGAUCAGAGUAAACUGGGAUAAAACUGGUGUUUCACCUCUAUGUUUAUGUGCCUCAUAUCAUACUUUUAUUGUAUUUUUAACAAAAUGAUUUCUUUAGUUCAUGUAAUUUAGCUGAGUACAGAUACGAAUGGAGUGAAAGAUGAGAUGUAUUACUUCUUUCAAUGCUCAGCCAGAUCUUUGGUGUCUCUAGUGAGAACCAGCAGGAGGCAGUAGAGAGUUAGGCUGCCCAAUAACACCACAGGAGGUUUGGGAGUUUCAGGCCUCCUCUUUCAUAGGUGAGAUAUAAAUUAAAUUGCAAAAUAUAGUUCUCAUUCUGCAAAGAAAUUAAAAGAGGGGUGUUACGGUCCUUGGACUUAGUGUCUUGUUUGUGUUUCUCUCCUCGUCUAUGUAAAAAUAACUCUGUUUUUGAUUGAUUUUUGAUUUGAUUUAUGAUUUAAACUAGAAAUGACGCUCUAUAUUUGUGUUAUUUUGGGGAACAGGGCUAUAGGUUUAGUUUCUUUGACACAUUCACAUCACACUUAGUUUAUUUACUUUGUUAGUUCUCACUAGUUUCUGGGUGGCUGCUUUGCUGUAUUUCUGUUUUGUUAUGCAAGUUUAGAGUAGCCAGCCACAAUAUUUUCUUUUAUUGUUGUCUUUGAUAGUUAGUGAGUGGGUAACACUGAAGUAGAAAGAGGUUUUGAUUGUGUUUGUUUUAUGAUUUGGCGCCACCCGCUGCCCUCUUCUAUUGUUCUCUUCCUGUCUUGUGUUUUAGUUGUUGGGCCUAAAGAAGGUUUCCUCUUUGUUUGUGAUUUGAUUUUGCUGUUAAAUAAUAAAAGUAUUGC